AUGCCAUAUGUUCGUUUGUGAAAAACGCCCUUUUAAGGCUGUUUCCGUGAAAUUUGGAUUUUGUUGUAGAACCGCAAGAUGCAGCCGGGCGAAGGGUACCAAUACGACGUCGGCCCCUCAAACUCGAACGGAGGACAGCAGCAACCACCGCCUGCUCAACAGCAACAGCCUCAGCAGCCUCCUGCUGGGUCGCGGCUCAGUAUGUACAUGGGCUACAAAAAUAGAGCAGGUAUCAUCGUGCUUCUGGGACGGAGUUAAAGGCUCCCCAGAAGUGCAAAGCAUCAGUUUUUGUUGAGCUCCUUGUUUUCUGCUCUUAUUGGUGCGGUUACCAUCUUUAGGUGGAUUUCCAGCACCGCCACCGCCGCCACCACCACCUACUUUUAUCGGCGGCGCUCCUAUCAACAUCAACGUAAGAUCUCGUGGUUUUAUAAAAAAUUCCUAAAAUUGAAACCUGUAGGCGCCAGUGUUCGUACCUAAAAGUCAGCAGCAACAGUCUCCGGCACCACCUCCGGCACCUCCUCAGCCGUUUCAACAACUGAGCAUUCACGAAAUGAAAAAUCCAAAGUCGGUGCCGUUCCACCAGCAUCAGGCCGCUUCGCUGCAACCACACCCGCCGUACCAACAGAUGCAGCAGCAGAUGAGUCAGCCGCCACCUCCGAUGCAUCCUCAUCAUCAUCCGAUGUCCAUGCAUCCGAUGCAAAUGCAAUUAGAUCACAUCCAGCACGUGCAUCAGCCACCACCACAUCCGUUCGCCCAGCAACAGUUCGAGCCGCCGCAGUACGACCAUCCACAGCAUUUCAACGAUGCUCAAGCACGGUACCAGCAGGAAAACGUCGGAGGAACCAUGUAUUUUUUCUCCGGUGAAGGCCAGUCGGGACAGGCAGAUCAAGAGCACUAUGACGCGGAACACAUUGAUAUUCCGGACGACGCGAUACCUGUGGUAACAUCGCUCUCUCUUUCUCUCUCCUCACCACUCUGACCUCUUGUAGAAUAUGCCUACUUCUGCCGUCUACACUGCUCCACUUCCACUUGUUCAUUUGUCGCGGUUUCGGGGGAAAUCCAAUAAUAAUCUGCAAACACAGUUCAUCAGUCCGGAAAUGCGUCAGGAGCUCAUAAAUCGACAGCUGGCGAUUGAUACCAAACUCGACCCGAAGAUGUAUCCGGGCAUUCCGCCGGCAGUUGAGCACUACUCGAACCUCGUGCCCUUGGAGAACAUUGGCCUCCAGAAUCAGUCGCAAACCACGUACAAAGCAUUCUCGUGCCGGGAUGGCAGUUAUUAUUGUCUUCGGAGAAUUCACGGUUCGUAGCAACGAUGAGGAGAUGAGCAUACGAAAAGUAUUUUCUAGGAUUCCGAAUUUUGCAUCCUGGCAAGCAGUUGACUCCAAUUGAGCAGUGGAAGAAGGUGGCUCACGGAAACGUUGUGCCUUGUCGAGAAAUUCUACUCAACUGUCGAGCAUUCGAUGAUUCCUGUUAGUAAAUUCAUUUUUGCCAGUUUUUUAUUGUGUUUUCAGCACUGAUCUUCGUGUAUGACUACUAUCCACUUGCUGAAACGCUGAUGGCGAGACAUUUCGAGAGUAAAUCCGCAAACUUCUACGAUCCGAACAGCCAAUUCCGUCUGACUUCUCCUAUGGGAGUGCCGAUGCCGAUUACCGGAACUGGAGCACCGGAAAAUGUGAUUUGGAGUUAUGUUGUGCAGAUUGUGGCUGGUUUACGGGCUAUCCAUUCGAGUGGUCUCGCCUGUCGGACAAUUGAGCUCAACAAGAUCAUCACGUAUGGAAGCAAGAUCAUGCUCUCGUUUUGUGGUAUCCAGAGCGUCAUCAACCCGGAUCCGCAGAGCAUUCAACAUCAGCAGGCCGAUGAUCUCAUUCAGUUCGGUAAUUUGUUGAUGGCGCUGGCGUCUGGAAAACCGAAUGGGUAUCGGAAGGAUCUGUAUCACGGAACAAUGAAACAGAUUGGCGAAUCCUAUUCGGCUGAUUUCAAGAAUUUGAUUCUGUCAGUUUCAAACUGGAAAUCUAUCAAAACGUGAAUUUUUUAGUCACCUCCACAGCGCCAACAACGAAAUGCGGCCACGAACGAUCACGGAAGUGCUGCCAAUGAUCGGUCAUCGCUUCUUCAACGUCAUCGAAACAAUGCAAGCACGCAACGAUACAAUAGAGGCAGAACUGAGCAGAGAGCUCGAGAAUGGUCGGCUCUUCCGACUUCUGGCCAAGAUUAAUACAGUUCUGGAGCGCGUCGAGUAAGAUGAAUUGAAAUUCUUUUUUUUUCUGCCUUUAGCUCAAUCUUACACCCUUUAGACAUGGAAUCGACGAGGGAUGGUCCGAGACGGGCGAUCGAUUCAUGCUGAAACUGUUCCGCGAUUACAUCUUCCAUCAGGUCACGGAGCAAGGGAAGCCGUGGCUCGACAUGGCUCACAUUGUGCAGUGUCUAAACAAACUGGAUGCCGGAUCGUUGGAGAAGAUAGAGAUGGUCGCGCGAGGCGGUGACACGCAGAUCAUCAUCGACUACGCGACACUGAAAAAGUGAGGAGACGAUUCCAGAGUCUUUUGACGUGAAACCCUCAUUCAGAUGCUUGGACAAGUCGUUCCGGGAGCUAUGCAGUUCGCAAGUCAUGAUGCCACGUCAUCUGCUCCCACGCUAA